AAAUUUUGGUGCGAUGUUUACGAUUUUGGAAGAUAUGAGAAAAAAUGUGAUGUAAGUCGAGGUAGAUAAGUCAAUAUAUCUUGCGUUUUACCAUGGAAACAGUUUACUGGAUGUUUUGUGGAGACUCCUCAGAAUCUAGCAAGAGAAUUUUUUUUCAUAUUUUUCUCAUUUUGUAGUAUAUUACAGAUAGACAUUUACGUAUAUAAUAUAAAUUAUACACUUACAUUACUAUGUCUACGAAAUUUCAGCACGAUAUAAUAAAAAAAAUAAAACUACAGUAGUGCGACGACGCUCAAUUGUAAGCACGUAACAUUGCGCCAUGUCGGCGUGUGAAUAUAGAAUUUGAUUAAGGCCAACAAGAUGUCUUGGGAAAUUGAAGAUGAAUAUACAAAUAAAUCAUACUCAUUCUUUGGACCAGUGGGUAUGGUGCUGUCAGAAGAAAAUGGUUUGGAUGACAAACUGUCCGUGAAGGUGACACUAAGUGUGUUCCUAGGGAUGUGUAUGAUUUUAAGUAUCGUAGGAAAUAUAUGCACAUGUGCUGUCAUCGCUCGAGAUCGCACCAUGAGGACUAUCACCAAUUGCUACCUGUUCAAUCUAGCUAUAACAGACUUACUCAUGGCUUUCUUCGUACCUAUGGAAAUAUAUUUGAUAUGGAUACCAGAAGUCUACCCGUUGGGCGAGGAAGGAUGCCGUCUACACUUCAUUCUUUAUGAUUGGCUGAACAACUGUAGUGUACUCACGAUUUCAGCUUUUUCUUUGGAGCGCUACUUAGUGAUAUCGAAGCCUUUCCUCCGACAAACCUUGUCGGUAAAGUCGCGUGUGUACAAAAUUGUUGCCGUCAUAUGGGUAGUGUCCUUAGCUUUCUGCAUUCCAGACAUAUUUUACAUAGACCUGGUAGAAAAGAAAAAGUUCAUUUUUUGUAAUGUCACACUACCGGGUCCGCUACGAUAUCUAAUGGCAAUGGAUUUGUUUGUAUUCUUUGUGAUGCCGAUGACAUUCCUUUUUGUGUUGUAUGUGUUGAUAGCGAUCAAAUUAAAAUCAGCUCACUUUAAACUUAAGAAUAGUCCAGUAAAUGGAAAUCUUAAUAGAGACAAGGCCGUGAAAAUGCUAGCCGCCGUAGCCGCGUCGUUUUUCUUCUGCUGGUCGCCAUAUUGCUUACUACGGUUCAUGAUGAUAUAUCCUAAGUUUAGUUAUGAAGAUUAUUAUGAUAUAUGGAGAAUAGUGAAUUAUUUAUGUUACAAUGGCUACGUCUCGACGGUCAUAAACCCAAUACUGUACAGUUUGAUGUCAAGGAAAUUCAGACAAGCAUUCAAAGAUUUCUUCAAAGGUCGGACUAAAACAAGUAGACCCAGAAUUACGUCAAUGAGAUGGACGGACUCAGGAGUGUAAGCAAAUUUAUAUAUAAUGGGGCUUAUAUAGUCAUCAUUAAAUAAAUAGAAAUAGUAUGAAGGCAUUUUUUAUAUUGAAUUUAAUAACGGAUACUGUA